CUUUCACCAGGACACGGCCCUGUCCCCUGCCAGUCCCUUCCACUGGUCCCCUCCGCCACUCUCCAUUCUGCAAAACUGCUGCCGAGGAGCCUCUGGGACCUGCCCACACCUUACCGCUGACGACACACCAUUGGACUCACUGGUCUAGGAAACAGAAGGAAAGGACCUCAGAAGUCUUCCAAGGAAAGUCAUGGCGCAUAACCAGGAGCUGUUAGCAGAGACCAGCGUUAUCAAGUUCAAGGACCAGGACUUUAACUCCUUGCGGGAUCGUUGCCUAAGCAGGGGUUGGCUCUUUGAGGAUGAGACGUUCCCUCCCGUGGCUUCUUCCAUAGGCCAGAAGCUGCUCCAGGGAAAACAUCUCUCCAACCUGGAGUGGAAGCGGCCCCAGGAUUUAUCCAACGGUCCCCCUCACUUCAUCCUGGAAGGUGCAAGCAGAUUUGACAUCCAACAAGGAGAGGCAGGAGACUGCUGGUUCCUGGCGGCGCUGGGCUCCUUGACUCAGAACCCACAGUGUCUGCAGAAGAUCCUGAUGGUCCAGAGCUUUUCACACCAGUAUGCGGGGAUUUUCCGUUUCCGGUUCUGGCAGUGUGGCCAGUGGGUGGAAGUGGUGAUUGACGACCGCCUGCCUGCCAUGGGCAAAGAAUGCCUCUUUGUGCGUCCUCGAAAAGACAACCAAGAGUUCUGGCCCUGCCUGCUGGAGAAAGCCUAUGCCAAGCUGCUGGGAUCCUAUUCCCGCCUGCACCAAGGCUACCUCCCAGACGCCCUGGUGGACCUCACGGGAGGCGUGGUCAGCAAGAUCGACCUGCCCUCCUCCGCUUCCCACCUGCUGAUGGCGGUGAAGACAGCGGCCACGGAAGGCUCCCUGAUGGCCUGUUCCACCCCGAAGGCGCCCACGGACCAGGAGGAGGUGAUGGCGAACGGGCUGGUGAGUCAGCACGCCUACACCGUGACCCGGGCCGAGCAGAUUCAGUACAGAAGGGGCCAGGAGGAAAUUAUCUGCCUGUGGAACCCCUGGGGCAAAACCGAAUGGAGAGGGCGCUGGAGUGAUGGGUCUCGGGAGUGGCGGGAAACCAGUGACCCAAGGAAGAGCCAGCUGUAUGAAAACAAGGAAGAUGGCGAGUUUUGGAUGUCACACCAAGACUUCCAAGAGAACUUCUCCUGCCUGUUUAUAUGUGCCCAAACUCCAAUCACCCUGGACCAUGGAAACACGCUCCAUGAAAGAUGGUCCCCAAAGGUGUUCAUGAACCAAGUGAUCCUGAGAAAUACUGCAGGAGGACCUCAGAGUGAUGCUCACUACCCCUUCUCUGUGCAAGAGCACACGGAAGGCACCAACGUCGUCGUGUCUUUCACAGUCACUGCCAUGCCACCAAGUAUGAAAGCAGAAAACGAGGAAUUUCCACUAGACUUCCAGGUGCUCAAGUUCCUGAACCUGCCUUCCCUCUUCCCCACAAGGAUCAGCAGCCUGGACAGGGCGCAAGGGGCCGGCAAAGGGAGGAGGAGGGCAGGCGAGCAGUUCCAGCAGUUCCGGGAGAGUCUGCCGCCCACAUUUUAUUCCCCAUUCAGAAAUGCUGUCCGGGGUAUAAACUAUCAAACCAAGCGCAACUUCACAACGUCCUUCCAUCUGAGCCCUGGGACCUAUGUCGUGGUCCCUGAAACACAGAGAGAUGCAGCUAAGUUCUUGCUCCGAAUCUUCCUGAAAACGCCAGACAACGACAGGAGCCGGAGAAGCAAUUUCAGCCUCAGAGCACGGAAGGAAAGUCUUUCAGAAACCAGCUCCCAGCAAAGCAUUUUCUACAGAUACGCUCAGCAGGGGCUGGACAUAGACGCCACCCAGCUCCAGAGCCUACUCAACCAGGAACUCCUGACAGGACCCCCGGGAGACACGUUCUCCUUGGACGAGUGCCGCAGCAUCCUGGCUCUGAUGGACCUGCAAGUGAACGGGCGGCUCAACCAAGAGGAGUUCACGAGACUAUGGAGGCGCCUUGUCACCUGCCAGCGUGUUUUCCAGAACACCCAGAAGAGCCCUGGAGUCCUCCGGAGCUCAGACUUGAGGACGGCCGUAGCGAAUACAGACUUCCUCGCAGGCAUCUCCAUCAGCGAUGAGCUGCUGGGUCUCAUGACCCUCCGCUACAGCGACAGGGCCCACAGGGUCAGCUUCCCCAGCCUGGUCUGCUUCCUGAUGCGGCUGGAAGCCAUGGCAAAGACUUUCCGUAACCUCUCCAAGGAUGGAAAAGGACUCUACCUGACAGAGGAGGAGUGGAUGAACCUGGUCAUGUACAACUGAGGCAAGACGUAGAGCUGACCUCACAGUUCAGGUAAGGCCUGUGGCUUCGGAA